ACGGCUGCUUUGCGCAUGCGCGCUGACUGCCGGUUGGGAGUGGGCGGGGGACUACUGGCCCGGGCGGAGCUUGUAGGAGCUGUGGGCGUCUGUGGCUUGCGCCGUGGUGCUCUUCCCUGGACAGUGGCUGGAAAAGGGCCCAAGUCUAACGUCAAUUUUGGGAUUCCACCAGCGUGCAGCCCCCAUACUGCCCAUCCGGUAAAUGCGUGCUGUCCGUGCGCAGCCCACGUGACACAACCAUCUGGGCGGAAGUGCCCCUCGACUUCCGGAGGGAGGUGCCGGUCUCACCCAAGAUGGCGGCGCCCAGGGGUCUCUGAGCGCCCGGGAGGUGACCGUCGCUUUAGAUCGCGGCGGCUCUCCAUGGCGCUGGGCGGUCGCGGCUGCAUGUUGCUGGUGGCUGGCCGGCUCUGGGCACGUGGAGCGGGUUUCCGUUAUGCAUCAACUACAGCUGGCCUGAAAUCUGAGAGUGAAAUAGACACAAAGGAGAAUGAGGUUGUUUCCCCAGAGUUCACUAACAGGAACCCUCGGAACCUUGAGCAGUUGGCACUUGCUAGGAAGGAGCGUGGCUGGGAGACAACAUGGCCAAAGCGUGAAUUCUGGUAUAGGUUACGGCUGGAGCGGACACAGCAUUAUGUAGAAGCCUUUGUGGAGCGCAGUAACGGCAAUGUUGUGUUAUCUGCCUCUACUCGAGAGUGGGCUAUAAAGAGGCACCUGUACAGUCCUAAGGGCGUUACAGCCUGCAGAAACCUUGGCCGUGUUAUGGCACAGCGCUGUUUGGAAGCGGGAAUCAACUUUGUGAACUUUAAAGCUGUUAUUCCUUGGGAAUAUCGUUGUGAUUCGAUCCAGGAAUUUGAAAAAGCGAUGACAGAGGGUGGUGUUGUUCUGCGGGAGCCAAGGAGAAUCUACCAAUAAAAUGGAGACCACUGGGACAACUUCCAAGGAAUGGCACUCGCUUUCGUAGGUGUGGGUCCAGCCACAGCGAGGGACUGGAAAUGGAAGGAGUUGGAACAUGGCAUCUAAUAAUAAAAUAUUUAUAAAUAAA